GUUUGCCUUGCGGUCGCAGUCGAGUUCUAUGCUGCUGGGCAGAAUGUGUGCCAAGUAAAGGUUUUGCAGCCGCAAAUCAAAUUGGUUUAUGUGACGGAAAAUGUGCCUCAUAUGGUGAAUAAAGAUGGUCGUUUGGUGACGGAGUGGCGGUUGGAGGGCGAUUGGCAGAACAAGACAGUGCUUCAGUGGGGCUUUAGAGAUAUAUGCUGUGAAGGUUACAUGGGAUCUAUAGACAAUUGCCAGCCACAGUGCGACAACUGUCCGGCGAACUCCUAUUGCGCUGCUCCCGAUCGCUGCGAAUGUAACAGUGGAUACGAGUAUAUUGGCGUGCGAAUCGAUUCCGUGGUGUGUGCAGCAAGUUGCCAGAGUUGUGGAAGGAACACGCAUUGUGUAGAGCCUGAGCGGUGCCUAUGCGAUGAGGGCUAUGUGCGAUCAUCCGCAGAGAAUAGCGCGGAUUGCGAGCCAGUCUGCGUGCAAGCGUGUCCAGAAUUCAGUCAUUGUGGCAGGCCGAAUACAUGUGUUUGCAAUGCUGGAUACACUGCCCAUGAGAAUGGCACAUGUGGUCCGAUGUGCAGCUCCGACUGUGGACCCCAUGGGUAUUGCCGAGCGCCUGGGAAGUGCGGUUGUCUGUUCGGCUACCACUACGAAACCCCGGGAAGUAGUCAGUGUGUGGCUAAGUGCGAUGAGAAGUGCGAAAGGAAUGCCAAUUGUGUCGAGCCCAAUAGGUGUGAGUGCAAAGCGGGCUACAACCUAACCGAGCAGGCCUCCGGUGGUCUCAGUUGUGAGCCCAUUUGUGGCACCACUUGUAUCAAUGCACGUUGCUCCGCUCCUGAAACAUGCACCUGCCACAAGGGCUACAAAAGAGUAAACAAAUACCACUGCAUACCCAUUUGCCAUCACUGCAAUGGUGGCGACUGCGUAGCGCCGGAUAACUGCACCUGCUGGGAGGGAUUCCUUCCAAAGUUUGAGACCAAGAAAAUCAAAAGGAAGGAUGUCAUCAUCCAGACUUGUCAUCCGGACAAAAAUGUCUUGAUACCCCCCUGGAACUGUAUAACUAGAUGCCUCUGCUUGCAGAAACUAGAGCCAGAAAGGGAAGGCGAGCCAAAAACAGAGAACACUACCCAUUCUAAGCUGCAAAGCGUAUCCAAUAAUACCGCCCGCUGUGUAGAUGCGUGUGAUAAAGGACUUAAGAAGAGCAAGGACCCAGCUUGUUUGAAUACAAAGUUAUGCGAGUGCAACCAACUGUCCUGGAAUUUGAUUUGCCACGGAAAAAGUAAGAGUCCCAGAUACACUCGAUUUUCCUGUAGUGUACUGGCGCCAUCUCCAGAUUUAUCUCCCAAAACGCGUAGUCUAAAGAAAGACACACCUGUUCAAUGGGAAGACUAUGCGAGAGGCGUUUUAUUAGCCAUGUUCAUAACAUUGGUUUUUAUAGGCUCAGGUAUUUUCUUCGCUUCUCGACGACACUUCCCACCCGUCGAGAGGUAA